AUGCAAGAUGUUCAAUACACUGAGGAUACCUUGAUUGACAACUUAGAACAUGCUGCGAAACUCAUUGAACAAGCUGAACGCUAUGAAGUCUUGGGUGAUAUCUACAAACUUAUUAUUCCAAUGUAUGAAGUUGCAAGAGAUUUUGCGAGGUUGGCUGAGAGUUACAGGAAAUUGUUUGAGGCUUACAACAAAGUUGUUGAAGUGAUGCAUUCUGGGAAACGUCUUCUCGGUAAAUUCUACCGGGUAGCUUUUUAUGGCCAGGCCCAUUUUGAUGAAGAAAAUGGUAAAGAAUAUAUCUACAAGGAGCCAAAAGUAACAAGUUUAGCCGAGAUCUGCGACAGACUUUCCACACUUUAUACAUACAGAUAUGGUAAAGAAAAUGUAAAACUUAUCAUGGAUUCCAAGAAGGUAAAUGUUGAAGAAUUGGAUCCAAAAUAUGCCUUCAUCCAGGUGACAUAUGUUACUCCAUAUUUUAGCAAGGAAGAGGCCAAAGAACGUCAAACAGAGUUUGAACGAAACAACAAUAUCAGAACGUUCAUGUUUGAGACGCCCUUCACUAAAAAUGGAAAGGCUCAGGGUGCGAUUGACGAACAAUACAAAUUGCGUACCAUAUUAUCUACCUCUCAUACAUUUCCUUAUGUGAAAAAGCGGAUAGAAGUUGUUGAGCACAAUGAGCAAGAACUGUCUCCCAUCGAAGUUGCAAUUGAUGAAAUUCAGAGCAAGACAAACGACCUGAAUGAGGUUGUGCGUGCUGUGACGCCUGAUGUCAAAAAACUGCAGCUGAACCUUCAGGGAUGUGUCAGCGCACAGGUGAGUAUGACAGUGCAUUUGCAAAAUAUGAGCACUCUUUUUCUUUUUUCUUUUCUUUUUUUUCUUUUCUUUUUUUUCUUUUCUUUUUUUCUUUUCUUUUUUUUCUUUUCUUUUUUUUCUUUUCUUUUCUUUUCUUUUUCUUUUUUCUUUUUUCUUUUUUUUCUUUUUCUUUUUUUCUUUUUUCUUUUCUUUUUUCUUUUUCUUUUUUUCUUCUUUUUUCUUUUUCUUUCUUCUUUUUUUCUUUUUUCUUUUCUUUUUUCUUUUUUUUCUUUUUUUUUUUCUUUUUUUUUUUUUUCUUUUUUUUUUUCUUUUUUUUUCUUUUUUUUUUUUUUUUUUUUUUUCUUCUUUUUUUUUUUUUUCUUUUUUUUUUUUUUUUUUUUUUUUCUUUUUUCUUUUUUUUUUUUUUUUCUUUUUCUUUUUCUUUUUUUCUUUUUCUUUUUUUUUUUCUUUUUUCUUUUUUUUUUUCUUUUUCUUUUUUCUUUUUCUUUUUUUUUUUUUUUUUUUUUUUUUUCUUUUUUUUUCUUCUUUAUUUCUUUUCUUUUUUUCUUCUUUUUUCUUUUCUUUUCUUCUUUUUUUCUUUUCUUUUUUUCUUUUCUUUUCUUUUUUUUUUUUUCCCUGAACUCUGACUGUUUGUACCACUUAUUUUUUUUCUCCCUCAUCAUCUUCUCUCUUUCCCUCCCUCCUUGUCCUCUUCUCUCUCCCUCCCUCCUUGUCCCUUCUCUCUCUCCCUCCUUGUCCUCUUCUCUCUCCCUCCCUCCUUGUCCUCUUCUCUCUCUCCUCCCCUCCUUGUCCUCUUCUCUCUCUCCCUCCCUCCUUGUCCCUCUUCUCUCUCCUCCCUCCCCUCCUUGUCCCUCCUUCUCUCUCUCCCUCCCUCCUUGUCCUCUUCUCUCUCCCUCCCUCCUUGUCCUCUUCUCUCUCUCCCUCCCUCCUUGUCCUCUUCUCUCUCUCCCUCCCUCCUUGUCCUCUUCUCUCUCUCCCUCCCUCCUUGUCCUUCUCUCUCUCCCUCCCCUCCUUGUCCCUCCUUCUCUCUCUCUCCCUCCCCCUCCUUGUCCUCUUCUCUCUCUCUCUCCCUCCCUCCUUGUCCCUCUCUCUCUCUCCCUCCCUCCUUGUCCUCUCUCUCUCCCUCCCUCCCUCCUUGUCCCUCUUCUCUCUCUCCCUCCCCCUCCUUGUCCUCUUCUCUCUCUCCCUCCCCCUCCCUCCUCUCCCUCCUGUCCUCCUUGUCCUCUCUCUCCCUCCCUCCCUCCUUGUGUCCUCUUCUCUCUCUCUCCCUCCCUCCUUGUCCUCUUCUCUCUCUCCCUCCCUCCCUCCUUGUCCUCUUCUCCUCCCCUCCCUCCUUGUCCUCUUCUCUCUCUCUCUCCCUCCCUCCUUGUCCUCUCUCUCUCUCUCUCUCCCUUGUCCUUGUCCUCUCUCUCUCUCUCCCUCCCUCCUUGUCCCUCUUCUCUCUCUCUCCCUCCUCCUUGUCCUCUUCUCUCUCUCUCCCUCCCUCCUUGUCCUCUUCUCUCUCCUCCCCUCCCUCCUUCUCCCUCUCCCUCCUUCUCCUACCCUCCCCUCCUUGUCCUCUUCUCUCUCCUCCCUCCCUCCUUCUCCCUCCCUCCCUCCCUUCCCCCCUCCCUCCCUCCUUGUCCUCCCCCUCCCUCCUUGUCCUCUUCUCUCUCUUCUCUCUCCUUGUCCUCUUCUCUCUCUCUCUCCCCCCAUUGUCCCUCUCUCUCUCUCUCUCCCUCCUUGUCCUCUCUCUCUCUCUCUCUCUCCCUCCUUGUCCUCUUCUCUCUCUCUCUCCUUGUCCUCUUCUCUCUCUCUCUCCUUGUCCUCUUCUCUCUCUCUCUCUCCUUCUCCCUCUCUCUCUCUCUCUCUCCUUCUCUCUCUCUCUCUCUCCUUGUCCCUUCUUCUCUCCCCCCCUCCCUCCCUCCUUGUCCUCUUCUCUCUCUCUCUCUCUCUCUCCUUGUCCUCUUCUCUCUCUCUCUCUCCUUGUCCUCUUCUCUCUCCCUUUCCCUGCAGAUAAGUGUUUGGAUUAUGUACAACCCAUUACAACUUUGUUUUAUCUUCUUUAUACCAUACAUUCUUUCUCUUUCUCUUUCUCUCUUGCUUCAAUUUUCUUCAUUUCUCCCUCUCAUUCUCCCUCCCUCCCUUCCUCUUAUGCGGCUUUCUCACUCUCUUUUUGCAGGCCUUCUCCCUCACUCCCGCACUCCUUGUGGGCCUUCUUCUCCUUUGCUCUCUCUCUCUCUUUGCAGGCCUGCUUCUCCUUUGCUCUCUCUCUCUCUUUGCAGGCCUGCUUCUCCUUUGCUCUCUCUCUCUCUUUGCAGGCCUGCUUCUCCUUUGCUCUCUCUCUCUCUUUGCAGGCCUGCUUCUCCUUGCUCUCUCUCUCUCUCUUUGCAGGCCUGCUUCUCCUUCUCUCUCUCUCUCUCUCUCUCUUUGCAGGCCUGCUUCUCCUUUGCUCUCUCUCUCUCUCUCUCUCUUUGCAGGCUUCUUCCUUUGCUCUCUCUCUCUUUGCAGGCCUGCUUCUUCCUUUGCUCUCUCUCUCUUUGCAGGCCUGCUUCUUCUUUUGCUCUCUCUCUCUUUGCAGGCCUGCUUCUUCCUUCUUCUCUCUUUGCAGGCCUGCUUCUUCCUUUGCUCUCUCUCUCUUUGCAGGCCUGCUUCUUCCUUUUUGCUCUCUCUCUCUUUGCAGGCCUGCUUCUCCUUUGCUCUCUCUCUCUCUCUUUGCAGGCCUGCUUCUUCCUUUGCUCUCUCUCUCUUUGCAGGCCUGCUUCUCCUUUGCUCUCUCUCUCUCUCUCUUUGCAGACCUUCUUCUUCUUCUUUAGUCUCUCUCUCUCUCUUUGCAGACCUUCUUCUCCUUUGCUCUAUCUCUCUUUGUGGGCAUUCUCUCCCUUCUCACACUCUCUCUGUGGGGCCUUCUCACUCUUCUCACUCUUCUCACUCUCUCUCCUUGCAGGCCUUCUCCCUCCCUCCAUGCAUUCCUUCUUUCAAUCUCUCUCACUCUUAGACUUCCUUUCCAUCUUAUCUAUUCUCUGA